AUGCAGAUCUUGUUUGUGAUAUCGAAGCCUGAUGUGUUCAAGAGUCCAGCAUCAUCAGAUACUUAUGUGAUCUUCGGUGAGGUCAAGAUUGAUGAUUUGAGCUCCCAGCUUCAAACACAGGCGGCAGAGCAGUUAAAGGCUCCAGGCCGCAGCAAUGCGGUUUCCAGUGGAGAAACGUCCAAUGGUGCAGCUGCAGCCGCUGCUGAUCCGGAUGAGUAUGAAGAGGUGGACGAAGGAGGAUGUGGAGCCAAAGGACAUUGA